AGUGCGCGGAUCUGCGCAUCAUGGGCCUGGACGACUCAGUUACUGCGGAGGAGGUGGUGGCCGCCGUCGCUAGGACGGGUGGGUGCUCCGCCGACGAAGUCAAGGCGGGCACCAUACGUCCCGACUUCAGGGGCACGUGCACCAUCACGGUGAGCUGCCCCGUGACGGCGGCCAAGCGCAUCGUAGACGGCCGAAGAUUGCUGGUUGGCUGGGUGUCGGCGCAGGUCAAGCUGCUUGACCCCCGACCGCUGAGGUGCUUCCGAUGCCACGUCGGGCAUCAUGUGGGUGACCGUUGCACCUCGGAGGUCGACCGCAGCGCCCUCUGCUUCCGCUGCGGUCAGCCCGGUCACAAGGCCGUGGCUUGUAGUGCCGCGCCGCACUGCACUGCAUGCGCGGCUGCUGGCAAGCCGGCCGAACACCGGGCAGGGAGCAAGUCCUGUGCCCCACCCGCCAAGACCAAGGGUAAGGGCAAGGGCGGGCCGUCCGUCGCCGCCACCGCUACCACCUCCGCAGUGGCCACCACCGCAGCUCCUGCGGCCGCCGCCGCCCCCAACGCUGCCGCCGCUGUCGCUGUCGCCACUGCUGCUGCCGCAGCGCCCGUCCUCGGGCCUCAAGAGGAGGAAGACGUGAUGGAGUGCUAGCCUGGCUCCACUACGCUUCCUCCAGGCGAACAUCAACCACUGCGCCCGUGCCCAGGAUCUGUUGCUCCAAAGCAUGGCGCAGUGGUCGAUCAACAUCGCCGUGGUCGCUGAGCCGUACUUUGUCCUUCCCAGGGAUGACUGGGUUAAGGACCUUAGCGGCUCAGUGACCAUCAUAUCGUCGGCCGCCGCUGGUACUCCUUCCCUCGAAGGGGUGAAGAGUGGAAGGGGUUGCGUCGCAGCACGGUUCGGGGAGAUAGUCGUCGUGGGGGUGUACUUCUC